AUGCCACAAACAACAACAAAAGCAUUCGCCGGUGAAGCCGCGUCUUUCCCUUCCUCCCCUCCUGCAUCUUUCGACAAAUCGAACCCGUACGAAGACCCAGUCGCGUUCGUCCAACAGAGAGAACACGACACUCGAGAGCGCAUGAUCGACGUCGAAAAAGCGAAACUGAUCCGAGAACGUCUGCGAGAGUGCUACCGAAACGAAGGCGUGAACCAUUUCGAAAACUGUAAAGACUUAGUCGAGAAGUACACCGAGGCGUUCGAGGGGAAGAGUUUCGCGCGGAUUAAUAUCAUGAGAGAUUCUAAAUAA